AUGUCAGACAAUACUGUUUCGAACCGCAAUUACGACCAGACAGACGAUGGACAUUAUCCGUAUGCGGGAGUGAAUGAGAGGCGACGACGGCUUGCCAUCGGCAAGCCAAGCAUUGAGAUCUGCAAAUUUCGCCGCACAUAUGACCUUCUCCUCCGCAACUUCUCCUCGCCACGGCGUACUCUUCUCGAACACCCUCUUCUCUCCACUACAUUGUCGCCGACCGUACCAUCAUCUCGACGCCUCUUUCUCCGUUUUGCGUCCUCCUCUGCGAGACCUGCGCCGCCAAACCGCCUCGAUCUCUCCGGCUCCCUCUCCUCCCUCCUCUGCCCGCGGAUCGACCGAUCCAACCAUAUGGAUGCCAUUACCGCCAGCAUGGCAACUACCGCCGAGACUUCUCGCCUGUUCCGCCUCCCUGUCGAGCUUCAGCGCGGGAUAUUCUCACAUCUGCCCGUCGACCUGCAUGUGAUCGCCGGGAACGGCGACGUUACUUUAGAGCGCAGCGAUGACGCCUUCUGUGCCCUCUUCCGCCUACGAACAGUCAGCCGGGCCUUCCGCCACCGCCUCAUGGAGGCCAUCGGCAAUGCUAUCGAUGAGAGAAGAAUCUGCAUUGUGCUGGACAAAAGAAAUGUCGCUGUGGAGAUGGUCCUACCGCACGUGCUUAAAGCUCGCAAACAGCCAGGCUUCAGCUUCAAUGAGAUGGACAUCGACCACACCGCCAAGACGCUCCGCAUGAGACUGGAGCGAGCCACCAAAACUGAGCUGUUUCGAGUGACGUCUCUCGCCUGGACCACCGAAACCUUUCCUCGCAGCCCCUGGCUGUACGCUUUCCACGGCAUGGCCCGCGAUCAUCGAGACGCCGAAAUCAUGCUUCGAGACGCCGAGUUAGCGGUGAUGUAUGCGAAUCCUCCAACUGGAGACAAGGAGAAGGACAACGUGCACAACCUGGACAUGUGGCCAUGUGCUGGGCCAAUGGUCUUGAAUUGGGAAGAGUCCGGAGGGAACCGAGCACAGACAGUGGACGCCUGGUUCUUGGAGGACCUGGUCGACAUGUUCGACGUUGACGGCACGACAUACAUGCAGUGGACACCAGAUUGGGAGUUCGAUUGGCAGACUUCGAGCAAGGCUGCGAACCAUGCUGAGCGAUUGAUUAUGCAAUGGGAUGAGCGCUGGGUCGAGAAAUUGGGAUGGUUGGGCAUGGAGAAGCAAGAGGUUGAACAAGAGCUUCCAGAGUGGCAGAUCUUAUCCACGGUUCACCGUUCCAGGGUCCCGAUCCGUCCCAUCGUGGCGAAGAUUCAGCACUAUGCGCACUCACGCGACCCUGCUCUCCUCUUUGACAAUGCAGCUCAGGACCAUGUCGACCUGAUGUGCGACGACAAGACCGGCAGAGUAGCUGCACAGCAGAUCAACAUCAAGCUUAGCGAUCUUGUUUGCGAGGCUGGAUGCCUCGUCCAAUGUCUUUUCCAGGAGACCACGGUGACCGACAAGAAGGGCACCGUGCUCACCUUCCGUCUCAAUCGCUGGCCCCGUGGUAACGAGGUGUUUGGUAUCUACGACAAGGAUGCGACGUUCUCCUACCUGGGACUGGACGAGACUGAUGUUCCAUGGAAGGGCGAGGAGGCGUGGACUGACAUGCCGAAGAUGUUUCUGCAAAGUGACAAGGAAGGCUUGGAGUCACGGCUGCUGGCGCUGGGUAUGGAGCGCAUGAAGCCUUUUACAUAUGAGAAGAGCGAGCGGCGAGGACUGGCUGGCCUUGCUUUCCUCCGCUACAUCGCCCUUCCGACAUCUUCCACUUCUCAUCCUCGCCCUCCUGAAUCAAUCUUACACAUACACGACCGCAAAGGCUACAUUAUCAAGAUGUAUGCGCCCAAAUUCAAACCCACUCGUCUCGCGCACGGCACCUUGCGCAUCCGAGUCGAUGCCGACCCCACUCACGACAUGCUUCUUGACAAGGCGGUGAUCGCAGCUUCAUGUCCCACGCUUGAACCGGUCUUACGCGCUCUGGAUUCUACGGAUUCACGACACUGCUGGGGCAAGUCCGAACUCAUCAAAGUGUCUGGCAAAGACGACCCGCUCGAAAUCUGGUCGCUCGCCAUUAACCUUGUUGACGGCGCCUACAUCCUCGACGGUAACUCGCUCCGCCCAGAUCCUUACGAUAAAGCCUCCGCCUUCUCGAAUUCUGAGCUAUCCCUUCCAGGAUGGAAAGACAUCGACUAUCGUUGGCGCUCUCACGAACAAGACAAUCAAGGCUGGCGCGAAACUGCAGUCUAUCAGCAUCACAUCAUGUUCCGAUUGCUGCAAAACUUCCCCGUCAGCAUCGGAGACAUUCCAUACGCCGUGUGGAAAGACUGGGAGGAACGUUCAACGCAUGAUUUCCGCUGGGUACAAGUGGCGGGAUGGCUGUGCGAGCUUUGCGCGCGGGCGGAGUACUAUGGAUGUCUGCCAAAAAUCGUCAAUCAAGUUGUGGACUUGAUGGCCAGCGAACCAUCGCUCUGGAGGGCUGUCGCGCUCGAUCCGAGGCGCUAUCUCCUGCUCGGUGAGAAAUUGCGUUGGAGUAACCUCUUCUUCGACGCAUUACGCCACCUGGUGGUGUCUCCACACGACUUUCGCGUCAAUCAGCACGGCAUCGCCGAGAUGCUCAAUAUGAGCCAGGAACAGCUCGUUAAGCUCCGCAUCACCGCGAUCAUGCGGCAAGAAGAAGCUGUUGAACUUCUCUCAACUCGACUGCGCAGAAUUCAACUUUCAACGCACUCGAAGAGGGUUGGCUACAACGAGUAUGCCAUCCGAACAACCAUGAUCAAUCAUGUGGAACUGAGCCCCGCGGCGGAAUGGAACGAGAAGCUGCUAGCGUACGAGCGUGCUGGGCUUGUCGCACGUUCUAUCUACGGCGAGUGGCUUGCUCAGCAGGAGGUUGGGGAGGAGGCUGUACGACAGAGUUUCGUCUGGCGUUGCAAUACCAUCUCUCAGGCAUCCGGGCCCCUCUCGCUAGCUGUGGCAAGAAUCCAGCACCACGCCAACUCUGCGGAACCCGCUCUACUGUUCGGCGCCGAUGUAGCGAAGAAGUAUAUCGAGGUGAUCGGCGGCGAUAGCAGUCAAGCCGCAGUGGAGGCUGUGCACGUCGCAUUGAGCCAAAUCGUGCUCCAUGCCAAUGAUAUCGUUGAGAGCGUCUUCGACCAUCAUUCGAUGGUCGAAGAGGGCAGUGUCAUUCUGACAUACAGCCGCACGCGGUGUGAUCGUGGCUUUCCGAUCGGGGUCAAGCCGUCUGUCUUCACUUACAUUGGCUGGGAUGAGUGGGAAACACCGUGGAAAGACAAGGAGAAGUGGGACUGCAGGUUGAGCGUCGCUCCGCACACGUCAGCCAUGUCGACCGAAGCAAUUAACAACAGACACGAGUUCAAGCCGCUGCGCCUGGCGCAUGGAACUCUUCGAAUCCGAAUCGACGAAACCGCUAAUCGAGAUAUGCUCAUCGACAGGGAAGUCAUCAUGGCGCACUGUCCGACGCUCGAGCCGAUGCUUCGCGACCCAGAUUCCGCCGAUUCCAAUGCCUGGUGGGAUAGAUCGGAUGUCUACCAAGUGCCGGAUCAGACGACAGGAGAGCUGAAGUCGCUGAGAGUGUGGUCUCUUGCGCUGAAUUGUAUCGAGGACACGUACAUUCUGGAGGGCCAAUCUCUUAUCUCCAAUCUUGAGCUCGAACCUGGCAGCUGCUGGUGGCCGAAAAAGCGCAUCCCAUUCGUUUCAUCGGAAAUCGCGGAGUCAGGUUGGCACAGGAGCGGUAUCAUUCAUCGGGUCUGCCCAGCCGAACGCGAUGAUAUUCUCAACGAGGCCGCCUUCCUUCACCACAUCCUUUUCCGGCUACUGCAUGGCUUCCCGGUCGCUUUUCAGGACCUUGAAGCAAGCAUCGGCAUCGAGGAGAUCGACGACGAGAAUGAGUGGAAAAAGAUCUUGGACGGCACACAAUCACACAAUUGCACCCGUACGAUGCGCUGGCUUUACAAGUUCUGCUCGCUCGCGGAGUAUUAUGGCUGUCUGGAAAAGGUCGCCAAUCAUGCGGUGGACUGGCUCAUCGAACAGCCAGCCCUUGCAUACUGUGUGGCUCUUGAUCCGGACAUGUAUUUCACGCUCGGGACAAAGCUUCGCUGGCCAGAUCUGUACUUCGAUGCAGUCCGCCAUCAAAUGGUGCGGGCAGACAAGUCGGGAGGAACAGUAUGGCUCCGAGAGAUUGCCGAGGACCUUGAGAUCUCGGACGAAGACAUGCUCGCACGCCAGGAAGCCGCGAUGGCGGAGCAGGAAAAGACUGUGGCGAAUCUGUCCGCACGUCUACGUGCGCUACAGCUGAGCAGCUCCUACAAGAUCUCCACGAAUGGCCGCAACGAAAUCGCCGUACGCACAACACUGACCAACAAGAAUGAGACGCAGACCGUUCUCCGCACACCAGUCGGGAAAGCCUUCGAGCGCGCUGGGUAUAUUGCCCGCAAUAUUCACGGAGGAUGGCUGUCGCAACAAGAGGCCGGAGAGCUCGUCUGGAUCCAGAAACACAAGCGCUUUCAAGAACGUCGGUCGCACCAAGCAGGGCCUCUUUCUCGUGGAGUCGCUGAGAUUCAAGAGCAUUCUCCAUCGCCCGAUCCGUCACUGCUGUUCGGGAAGAGCGCCGUUGAGGAUACACUCGACCUUCUCGGCGUGGACAGCAGUGCUGAAUCAAUUGUAGCAGUCAAGAUGGCUCUCAACGACAUCAUCCACCACGCCAACGACAUCAUCCAAGAGGUCUUGGGAGAUCGCACUGAAGACAAGGAGGACGGCACUGUCAUCACGUAUCGCCGUACCUGCUGGGGGCGCGGAAUCCCAGAGUAUUUCGACUGGUCGAACAGCUCCUUCACCUACCUUGGCCUCGACGAGAGCGAAGUGCCCUGGAGGUUCGAAAGGGAGUGGAAUUGCUCGCUCGAGGUCGCGCCAAAGAGCGGAGCUGCAGCAUCGCCUGGACUUCUCAGAGCAUUGGGGUUCUACAAGUGCCGGGACCUGGUCGACACUGACAUCCUCGACAAAAUGAGCAGCUCUCCGCCUCUGCGCAUCGCCGGCGGCACUUUGCGCGUCAGACUAUCUCCACAACACGAGGACGACCUUAUCCUUGAUCGCAAGGUGAUCAUGGCGCACUGUCCAGCGUUUGCGCCUCUCCUUCGCGCGCCCGAUGAGCCAGGAUACUGCGCUUCCUGGGACAAAUCAGAGCUGGUGAAGGUGCCCGAUAACGACGAUCUAAUUCGGGUUUUCACUUUGGCGCUGAAGAUCGUCGAUGAAACCGCGAUACUGGAAGGAACCGAGUGCGACUUGGGACGCUUAGGAUACAGGUUCAAGAACUUCCAACACUCAAUUUACGCCACCCUCGACUGGCCUUGCGCGAACGACUACCGGAACGACCAGGAGGGUAUAUUCGAAGCGGCGACUCAGCACGCCAUCAUGUUCGAGCUCCUCCAUGGCGUCAAGAUCGGUCCUGAACGCCUUCACAUCCCGAUCGGCAACGAGACGUAUGACGUUGCUUGUUGGCGCAGCGCUUUGGGUGACAUCAGUGAGAUGUGCGCACGCUCCGAGUUCUACGGCUGUCUACCUUCCAUCGCCGGCGCUGUCAAAGAACUCAUCCAGCAAGCGCCAUCGUUUUGGGAAGCGGUCGCAUUCAGCCCGCGUGAGUGGCAUCAGCUGGCAAUAAAGCUCCGCUGGAGGGAGGUGUACUUUGACUCUCUGCGCCACAUCAUCGCGCAUACCAAAUUCUCCGUCCUCACGCUGGAUGCCGACCCAUCCGAGGAUCCAUUGUAUCUCGAUCUCUCGGCGCCAGAUUUCCAAGACUUCGCCACCGACCUUCAAGCCAAACAGGCCGUUGUUGUCCUCGAGCUCAAGAGAAGCCUCCAUCACCUCCAGCUCUGCGAAUCGUACUCGGAGUACAACAAGGAGAAGUCACCAGCUUGGACGACAUUCCUCAACCUUGUCAAGAACGCUUGGCCAGGUCGAUCGGCCCACGCCAACACCAUGGAGAAGUCUGAGUUUCUUGCCUGCGCCAUCUGGGGCCAAUGGCUAGCUGAGCAGGAGUCUGGCGAUCACGUCUGGAUCAGCACUCGUCGCAAAGCGGAUCGCUCGGGACCUCUCCAGAACGGCCUCAUGAAGCUGGAGGAAGCUACAAAUUCUACCUAUCCACCUUCUCUGUUUGGACGCAACGUUCCACGCACAAUCUCAUCAAUCUUCUUACUUGAUCGGAGAUUCGAGCCCGGGCGCAAGAUCGACGCCGUCUUGACCGAGAUUAUUCGGGAGGCCGACAAGAUGGUGAAGUCGGCCUUUGAGACGUAUGAGGAGGAGCAAGGUGAAAAGACACUGACAUGGCGUCGUUCGAGGUUCGAUGGGAUGGCUCGCGGCGACUACGGCGUCAAGGUGGAGGCAUUCACAUUCCUGCCGCUUGACGAGAAGAACGUGCCAUGGGCGGAGGAGAAGGACUGGGCUACGGCCGAAGCUGUCGUUCCUAUCACUGUGGAAGUUGCCGCGGAGGCGUACGUUGCUGCGAUCCAGGGCGCAUAG